UAUCAUUCUGAAGUGAAAAUAAUAUAGUCUUAGAAUUAAUAUGCAAUACAUGUUUAGACUGUGAAUAUUAUUAUAAAACUUACCUAUUCUUAAGUUCUUUCACGAAUUAACUUAUUUAUUAUAUAUAAAUACUGACUAUAUUUGCCAAAAACUCACUGAGUAAAAAUUGUUAUUUUUACUUGAAGUAUAAAAUUAAAUAUGCUGAACUUUGAAACAGUGUUUCACCACUAAUUUUCAGUAUAGACCCGAACGUUUAACCUUUAUUAUACAAUGUUCAGAAGUGUAUUAAUAAAAUCAAGAAAUGCUAAAAAGCUUUUCUCGUGUGAACUACGUGCUGUCAACAGUAGAAGUAAUCACACAGAGACUGCAACUGGUGACAAAGAAAAUAAACAAACCCACUUUGGUUUCGAAACUGUUGAUGAAGGAGAGAAAUGGAAAAAAGUGCAUGAAGUAUUUGAAAAUGUAGCUGACAAAUAUGAUCUCAUGAAUGAUGUGAUGUCUUUUGGUAUCCAUCGACUUUGGAAGGACAUCUUCAUCCAACGGUUGGCACCUACGCCUGGCACGAGACUGCUGGACAUGGCUGGAGGCACUGGUGACAUAACCUUCAGGUACAUAAACUACCUGAAAAACCUCGGCGAGGCAGGCGGCCGUCGCAGCGCCGUCACUGUCUGCGACAUCAACCAGCACAUGCUGGACGUCGGCCAACUUAGAGCACAGAAGCAAGGGUAUACCAAAGACAAUGCAGUGGAUAUAGAAUGGGUGUGCGAAAACGCUGAGCAACUGUCUCUCCCAGAUGACUCAUACACUGCAUACACCAUCGCAUUUGGCAUCAGAAACUGUACACACGUCGAUAAGGUUCUGGAGGAGGCAUACAGGGUGCUCGCGCCCGGCGGCCGGUUUAUGUGCUUGGAGUUCAGUCACAUACCCAACGACGCAGUGCAAUGGGUAUAUGAUCGGUACUCGUUCCAGCUGAUACCUGUGCUGGGUCAGCUGAUAGCCGGCCAGUGGAAACCUUACCAGUAUCUAGUUGAGAGCAUCAGACAGUUUCCAAAUCAGGAAAAAUUCAAGUCUAUGAUCGAGGAUGCUGGAUUUAGACAAGUCACAUAUGAAAAUCUUACAUUGGGAACUUGCGCUAUCCAUUCAGGGUUUAAAAUAUAAUAUUUAUUGUUAUAAAGGCAGGU